UAGACCACACAUGUUUUUUCAUCCAUUGACCUCAAAGACUUGACUUUCUCUCUUUCUCCUUCUCUGCAUCAAAGCUAUGGAGAAUUUCUGUUUUCAAGACUCUGUUUCUCUAUUUAUCACGAUCAUGGUUCUUGUUCUUCUCCCCCGUCUCAGUCUUUCUGAUACUUCGACGUACACCCGUCCUGAGAAUUUUUACGUCAACUGUGGAUCGGAUUCUAAUGUAUUUUAUGGUGGCCAGACCUUCGUCGGAGAUACCAACUCGAGUACUAACUCAGUUUCCUUCACCAACAAAGGAACUGAAGUCAUCAACGACCAAUCGUCCGUUGCGCCUGAAAUAUACCGGACGGUUAGGAUAUUUAGACACCCUUCUUCUUACAAGUUCAAACUUGAUUCUCUGGGUCUGCACUUUGUGCGUCUCCAUUUCUCUGUUGUGUUUUCUCGGGCAGAUCUUUUAACUGCUCGGUUCACUGUCUCUGCUACCUCUGGUUCUAAUCAUCACUUGAAAAGUUUCUCGCCUCAGAAUCUCACUAAUACCCCACGAGUUGAAGAGUUUCUCCUGAUGAUGAACUCGCUGGAGUUCGAAAUUCGAUUUGUGCCCGAUCAUUCCUCUUUAGCUCUCAUCAAUGCCAUCGAAGUGUUCUCUGCUCCUGAUGACCUCGAAAUCCCAUCAGCUUCCGAUAAGAAUCUGCAUACGAUUUACAGAUUAAACGUAGGAGGCGAGAAAAUCACUCCGGAUAAUGAUACCUUGGGACGAACUUGGCUGCCUGACGAUGAUGACUUUCUCUACCGAAAAGAUUCAGCGAGGAACAUUAAUUCAACACAAACGCCUAACUACGUGGGAGGGUUAAGUUCAGCCACGGACUCCACUGCUCCUGAUUUCGUCUACAAGACAGCUAAAGCAAUGAACCGUAGCUCGAAUGAGCAGGUGGGGAUGUUGAUGAAUGUUACAUGGUCGUUCAAGGUCAAAAGUAACCAUAGACACUUCAUCAGGAUUCAUUUUUCUGAUAUUUUGAGCAACUUAUCAAACUCCGACUCCGAUUUCUAUCUCUUUGUAAAUGGGUAUUGGCGAGUAGAUGUAAAGCCUUCAGAGCAGCCUAGGUUGGCGAGUCCGUUUUUUAAGGAUGUCGUGAAUGUCUCUGAUGGUUCUGGACUCUUGAAUAUCAGUAUAGGUACCAAGGAGGCCAAUAAGGAUGCUGGUUUUCUGAAUGGUCUGGAGAUGAUGGAGGUUUUGAGUAAAUCUGGUUCUGAUUAUUCAAAUAGAAGCAGUUCCCGGGUUCACAUCAUCACUGGUUGUGCUGUUGCUGCUGCUGCUGCAUCAGCUUUGGUCUUCAGUUUGCUGUUUAUGGUAUUCUUGAAGCGGAGGAGAUCGAAGAAGACUAAGCCAGAGGUUGAGGGCACUGUAUGGUCUCCUUUGCCAUUGCACAGAGGUGGGAGUUCAGACAAUAGACCUAUCUCUCAAUACCACAACUCCCCAUUACGCAACCUACACUUAGGCUUAACGAUUCCCUUCACAGACAUUCUAAGCGCUACAAACAACUUCGACGAGCAGUUGUUGAUCGGGAAAGGCGGGUUUGGCUACGUUUACAAAGCUAUUCUUCCCGAUGGAACCAAAGCCGCUAUCAAACGAGGCAAAACCGGCUCAGGACAAGGGAUCUUAGAGUUUCAAACCGAGAUUCAAGUCCUCUCAAGAAUCCGACAUAGACACCUCGUCUCGCUAACGGGAUACUGCGAAGAAAACUCCGAAAUGAUCCUCGUCUACGAGUUUAUGGAGAAAGGUACACUCAAAGAACAUCUAUACGGCUCGAAUCUACCUUCAUUAACAUGGAAACAAAGACUAGAGAUAUGCAUUGGAGCAGCUAGAGGUUUAGAUUAUCUCCACAGUAGUGGCUCAGAAGGAGCAAUCAUUCACAGAGACGUCAAAUCAACAAACAUAUUACUAGACGAGCACAAUAUAGCAAAAGUCGCAGAUUUCGGAUUAUCGAAAAUUCAUAAUCAAGAUGAAAGCAAUAUCAGCAUAAACAUCAAAGGAACAUUCGGUUACUUGGAUCCAGAAUAUCUCCAAACACAUAAAUUAACAGAGAAAUCAGAUGUUUACGCAUUCGGAGUCGUCCUCCUCGAGGUACUGUUCGCGAGACCAGCUAUAGAUCCUUAUCUUCCUCACGAAGAAGUGAAUCUAUCGGAAUGGGUGAUGUUCUGCAAAUCAAAAGGUACAAUCGAUGAGAUCUUAGAUCCGAGUUUGAUAGGUCAAAUUGAGACGAAUUCGUUGAAGAAAUUCAUGGAAAUUGCUGAGAAAUGUUUGAAAGAGUAUGGAGAUGAGAGACCGAGUAUGAGGGAUGUGAUUUGGGAUCUUGAGUAUGUUCUUCAGCUACAGAUGAUGACGAAUCGUCGAGAGGCUCAUGAAGAAGAUAGUACGGCGAUUAAUUCCGGUGGUUCGUUGGUUGCUCCGAGGUUGAUGGUGAGUGAUUCGUUUAGUACGAACUCGAUAUUUCAGAAUGGUGAUGAAUCGAAGAACAGAUUUGGAUUUACAGAUUCAUCGGAGACUCGAGUUUUUUCGCAGUUGAAGAUCUCUGAUGCAAGAUGAUGAAAUCUUUCGCAAUUGUGUGUAAAAUUAUAAUUUUUUCGAAAUGUGAAGUUUCUAGCAGUAUCUGGU